UUUCUCCUACUGUGCUGUGCUUUGUUCCAUGUCUAGCCUUUUGUUUAUCCUCCUCCUCGUCCAUUCCUCCUCUCUUGUUUCUCCAUGCUCAUGAUUCCAUGAGCUCAGCACCUCACCUCUGACUGACCCUUCUCCAACCCUCUGAGAGACUCCACUGUUACAGUGAAGUGAAAAAACGACAUCACAGAUGUUCAAUAUGCAGAGUUUCAGAACAGCAGCAGCUCCUCCUCCUCCUCCUCCUCCUCCCCCACCUCCACCACCUCUAACUCCAGCCAACCCCGACAUAUACUAUCACUCUUCUUUCUUUCUCCGGGGAGGAGAUCAUAAUAAUAGCUGUAGUGGCAACGGCCGCGACCAAACGAGGUUUGCGGAUUUCGCUGGUGAUCAGCUUCAACCGUCAGUUGCUGCGGCAGCUUUUCACCAUGACGAUGCCGUUGCUUUAAGCCCAAGUACACUCCGGUCACUUCCCACAAACUGUACGUUAAGAGGGCCACUGUUCAAAAGCUUAUACGGUUCAGGGUUCGGUCUGAAGCCCAACAACCUGGCUUUUGCGGGCAGCAACCUUCCGUACGCAAGCUUGAACCCGUGCAAUAUCAGCACCUGUUCGGAUAUAGGGUGCGUGGAGGAAAGCAUCAGUGGGGGCCAUCAGCAGCAGCAGCAGCAGCAGCAGCAGCAGCUGAUGUAUACUAGCCAGAAGGGGUUGGAGGGGUUGAGGCGAGAAGGGCAGGGGAUGAUAAAUUCGACGUCGUUGGGAGGGAAUGGGAGCAUAGAUCAAAACUGGGGAGAUUCGGGCAUGGUGAUGGCCCCUGACAACACCAGCCAUAGCCAACACACUGACACCUCCACAGAUGUUGAUACUGACGACAAGCCCCAUUUUCAUGGAAUUCACCGAGGAAUACCUGCUGUUGUUGAUUCUCUGGAUCAGUCUAAUACAAGAAUGGGGGACCUAAAGACGCUCCGAAGACUGGCUCAGAAUAGAGAGGCUGCCAGAAAGAGCCGACUUAGAAAGAAGGCAUAUGUUCAGCAACUGGAAAACAGUCGCCUUCGGCUUUUGCAGUUGGAACAAGAGCUCCAAAGAGCAAGGCAACAGGGAAUGUUUGUUGCCACCGCAAUUUCAGGGGAUCAUAGUCACUCUGUUGGGAGUGGGGCGGUGGCAUUUGACAUGGAAUAUGCCCGAUGGCUCGACGAACACCAACGGCUCAUCAGUGAUCUGAGAUCGGCAGUGAAUACCCAAAAGAGCGAUAACGAACUACGCAUACUUGUUGAUGCAGUGAUGGUCCAUUAUGAUGAUAUAUUCAGGUUAAAGAGCAUUGGGGCAAAAGCUGAUGUGUUUCAUAUGCUUUCCGGCAUGUGGAAAACACCAGCAGAGAGGUGUUUCAUGUGGCUCGGGGGAUGCCGAUCAUCUGAAAUACUCAAGGUGCUAGGUAACCACUUGGAGCCUUUGACGGAUCAGCAGUUAAUGGGCAUAUGUAACCUACAGCAAUCCUCCCAGCAGGCCGAAGACGCCUUAUCUCAGGGCAUGGAAGCCCUCCAACAGUCUCUCGCUGACACGCUGUCUUCAACCACUCUGAAUCCGACUGGUUCAGGAAAUGUUGCAGAUUACAUGGGCCAAAUGGCAAUAGCAAUGGGCAAGCUCGCCACCCUCGAGAACUUCCUCCACCAGGCCGAUUUGUUGAGGCAGCAGACUCUACAACAGAUGCAUCGGAUUCUGACGACACGACAAGCGGCACGCGCCCUUCUGGUGCUCAGCGAUUACGUAUCAAGACUCCGAGCUCUCAGCUCCCUAUGGCUGGCUCGACCAAGAGACUGAUAACACCUCAUCAUCAUCCUUCAGAUUCAGAAAGCACGGAGUAGUUCCAGAUAGAAAACCGUGAGACAUUUCACUAACUGCAACUGAUGAAAGCUUUUGCGAACGUAAACUCAGGUCUAUAAGUUAGAAGCAAGGCCACUGAGCGCUGGAUUGUCCUUUUCUGCAGCUAUAUAUGUGGCACAGGCUGUGUAUGUAUCGCAAAUUCCGGUCUCUUUGCUUCAGUAGAGAAUGAUUGCCUUGUAUACAAAUUGACUUAGGCAGACUGCGAUGGACAUGAAAGUAGAAAGGAGGAAGUAUUUGUUCCUCUUCUAUAUUACCUGCACUUGCUCAUUUGGUAA